GCCGGGGCACACCACCGGAGACGUUGCGUUCAUGGUGGCCGUCCGCAUCGCCACGAGGAGGCAGCUCACCACAUCGUGGAGGUCGGGCCGAGACCCGUUGGCCGCAUCAGCGGCGUUCUCUAUUGAGGCAGCCAACGGUAGGGCGCUGGACACGCCAGCCGCCAAGUCCAUGACAGCCUUGCGAUCCUCGACCCUGUUGACCUGGGCGUAUUUUUCAACGUCCGAUAACCUGGCUUGGGCAAACCUGGCGUCCCCGGCCUCGAAGGUGACGGAGCGCGACCGUGAUGAAGACCGCGUCGCAGGGCUGGAGGCGGCAGCGGAGUACGUCCGAGCCGCUGGCGCCGACGGGGCAGGAGCAGCAGCAGGGGCCGGUCCCGGCACGGAGCGCCCCGCCCGGACCCGAAGAUCGCGUUCGCGCUGUUGGUCAGCGCGAGCCUGUUCAGCGGCCAAGGCAUCCUCUUGGCGGCGAUCAUCGACGAGCUGGGCUGCCGGCAGGGCCUCCUCUCGUUCUUGCGCUUGCUUGCGCUGGGCGUACUCGAGGAUGGCGUCGGUGUUGGUGGCCCUGCGCGCACGGUAUUGCGAUUUGUGCGUGGCGUGCCGCGGUCGCCUUGGUGAACUCGGCGUCAAGCCGAGCGUUGCGGUCCCGAAGAACCGCUUCGCGGUCGAGGUCGACCGCCUCUCCCGCUUCCUGGCGAACCCGGGGGGACAGGGCCAACAGAAGCUGGUCGUCGGGGGUGCCGAAACAGCGGGGGGCGCCGAAACAGCGGGGGCCGCCGAAGCGGCGGGGGCUGCCGAAGCAGCGGGGGCCGCCGAAGCAGCUUGGGCCGCCGAAGCAGCUCGGGCCGCCGAAGCCGUGGGAAGCGGGACCAGGGGGACCGGCGACGCCGGGCGGGGGGUGGUCGAAGACCUCGCGCCAGCGCCCGCGGUCGUUGCCCGGGUCGCAGAGGUGGAGACGGUUCCACCAGCGAGGGAGGCCACCUCAGGGUCGGCCAAGCUGGGUGGCGACCAUGGCAUCGACGGAGCUACUGAAGCCAAUGCAUUUGAAACAGUCGAAACUGGGGCUGGCAGUGGGGAAGCUACGGGGAAAAAGGUAGCGGAAGCGGGAGAUGCUUCAGACCUACGGGGAGCUACUGCAGCAGAUGGCGGGGCAGCAACCGAAAUCGCAGUUAAAGUAGUCGAAACUAUAGAAAUAGGUGCAUCACAAUCAAGGGAAGCAGCCACGGCAGUCGAAACUACAGGGGCAGAUGCAACGGGUGCAGUCGAAACCACUGAGACGGUUGCAUUGGAAGCGGUCGGAACCGCAAAGGCAGUCGAAACCACCGGAACAGAUGCACGUGGGGCAGUUAAAUCCAAAGGCACAGAUGCCACUGAAACGAAUGCACGACGGUGAAGAAGUCGUUGGGCACGAGCGGCGGCUUGUGUGCGACUGCCACGCGACAAAAAAGGAGGAAUGGUCGGCACAGUGGAGUCGAAAUGCAGUGUACUGCCAACAACAGAGCCGUGAGGCAAGCGUGGCACUACACAGCCAGUAUUGUCAAGGUCAAUGUCUGCCCGAACAGCAGAAGGCUCAGCGUUGGUGGAGGUGAAGAGAAAAGUGGAAUCAGUAACAUGUAGUUCCGGCGGGAAAACUUGGGACACACCACCAGCGGCUGCAAAAGCAGAAGGCUGGGUACUCGAAAGGACAGAGGUGGAAGCCGAAGCUUCUGUU